UUGAGACUUUGUGCUGUGGAAAGCAGAGACCACAAACAACCGUUGUGGCGUGAUAAGAGCCAUGAGUUCAGAUGUGUGAUAAAUGGAGAGGAGCUGAUCCAUGAUCUGAAAUCAACAAGCAAAGCUUCUGAUCAUCUCAAAAACUGGAGAUGACUUUGCAUGAAAACAUUGACCGAACAAAACACAACCAAACAGCAGUAGAUUCAUCUGUUCCCUCACACCAGACGUCCUGAUUCACACAAUGACUGUAAAAACCAGCAAAUGUGUGUGUCUCCUCUUGCUGGGCCUGAUCCAGCUGAUUCGAGGCUCUCUGGUCAAAACCAACGCUGUCCUGAAGGUGAAAAGAGGUCAGUCGGUGUUUCUGCAGGAGGACGAUCUGCAGUUUCGUAUUCCCAGAGUCAAGGAUUCCUGCAAGCUGGAGGUGGUGCUGAAUGAACCGAUCACACAGCGGGUCGGCUCUCUGACGCCACAGGUUUUUGACUGUCACUUUAUGGCUGAUGAGGUGAAAUACACUCAUAAUGGAUGUCCAAUUUUAAAAGAGGACACUGUUAAACUUCGUCUUUACAGAUUUACAGAGACGGAGACGUACAGCGAGCUCUUCUCUCUCCGUGUUGAAAUCCUGGAGCCUGAAUGUAAUGUGAUUCAGUUCGGAUCACAGCAACUCGUGGUGCCUGAGUUUUACGGCCUCUCGAACGUCCUGGAUGGAAACGUCGUGUCCUUCAAUUAUGAACACAGACACAAUAUUGAGUGCACAAUUCGGGUGACGGGUCUGGAGACGCAUUUACCUGUUCACGGUCAGCUGGUGACUGGAGAACCAGAGAAAGCAGACGGGCCCAGAGGAGAUGAACCCGACAGCUUCGUUUCUCUUAGGAGACAGCUGGAUAAUAAAGCCAGAGCUCACUGUAAGACUGAUGACUGCCUGAAGGGUCUCAAACUGCUGAAAAUCACCAAAGUGCCAUGCAAUGACUUCCUGAUGAUGGGCAUCCGCUACCAGCACACCGACCCUCCGUCUCCACAUACAGACUACAUCUCCAUCAGACUGGACCUCACAGACACCCGGAGCAGGAGCAUAAUACAGUCAGAGCAGGCCUGGAUCCCGGUGACCAUUACAGGCGCUCUCCCCAACCAGCCGCCCAAACCUGCCUUCAUGUCCAUGUUCAUCCUGGAGGUGGAUCAGUUCAUCCUGACUCCUCUCUCCACUGCGACUGUGGACGCGGAGGACGACGAGACGCCCAAGCAGAGGCUGGUGUUCAACAUCACUAAACCCCCCAGUGAAGGCUUCAUUACUCACCUGUCGGACCACACCAAACCAGUGUCCUCCUUCAGCUGGACGGAUCUGAAUGGCAUGCUGAUCAGCUUCCAGCCUCCCAACUCCAGCGCCACACAUCGCAGGAACUACGAGGUGGAGUUUGAAGUGCAUGAUUUCUACUUUGAGAAAAGCCAGCCUGUGACGGUUCACGUGUCCAUCAGGACAGCGGAUACCAAUGCACCAAGAGUCUCCUGGAAUAUGGGUCUCAGUCUGUUGGAAGGUCAGUCUCGCCCAAUCACAUGGGAUCAGCUGCAGAUUGUUGACAACGACAACCUGAAGGCUGUGAAGAUCAUCACUGUGGACGGCCUGCAGCACGGCAGACUCACUGUUAGAGGUGGAAAAGGCUUCAUGUUCACUGUGAACGAUAUUAAAAGCGGCGUCGUGCAUUACCACCAUGAUGACAGCGACACUACUAAAGAUUAUAUAGUCUUCCGGAUCACCGACGGCUUACAUCAAACUAGACACAAGUUUCCCAUCAACAUCCUGCCCAAAGAUGACAGUCCGCCGUUCCUCAUUACCAACAUGCUGCUGGAGCUUUCUGAAGGCCAGACGGCUCUGCUGAGAGGAUCCAUCCUGCAGGCCUGCGACAUGGACUCCAGUGACGACUACAUCAUGUUCAACGUCACUAGAGCUCCACAGGCUGGAGAAAUCAUGAAGAUGCCAGGUCCUGGGAUCACUGGAUACCCUGUGAACCGUUUUCUUCAGAAAGACCUUUUCCAUUCCAUCAUCUAUUAUCGGCACUCAGGCAGAGAGGUGUUUGACGACUCUUUUGAGGUGGUGCUGUCUGACUUUCAUGACCCUCCUAACCUUUCAGAGCCUCAGGUCAUUGUGAUUCAGAUCCAGCCAGUGCCUGAUCAGCCUCCACAAGAAGCUCCGGGUGUAUCGAGACACUUAGUCAUCAAUGAGACUGAUGUUGUCUAUUUGACCAAGCAACAACUGCACUUUGUAGAUUUGGAGUCCCCAGAUAGUGAGCUUACAUACACCGUCACCACCCCACCUUUCUACACCACCACCUAUGGAGGGUCUGAUGCAGGAAGGUUGUUUCUGGUCGACAGCAUCCCCAAAUUUAGCAAAGACUCAAGCGCACCGAUGCUGAGGCUUUUCACUCAGCACGCAGUCAACUACAUGAAAGUAGCUUACAUGCCCCCCAUCCCGGACAUCGGACCGUACCCUCAGCACAUCCAGUUUGUCCUGUCAGUGACCAACCAGCAAGGCAGCACGACCACCGGGAUCUGCUUUAACGUAACUGUUCUGCCAGUGGAUAACCAGGCACCAGAGGUGCAAGUGAAGCUGCUGGUAGUGGAUGAAGGAGGUGAGAUCUGGGUGACUGAAGACCACAUGCAUCUCUCUGACCGGGACUCACUGCAGGACUCAAUACACGUGGAGCUGAAGACUGCACCUCAACAUGGCAGUGUUUAUCUGGACGGCAAACUCAUGGUUCCAGGCCAGACUUUCACUGUGAGGGAUCUGAAAAGCCUAAAAGUGAGAUAUCGUCACGACAGUUCUGAGACAGAACGUGAUGAAAUUAAAUUCAUUGCUACGGAUGGCACAAAUACAGCAGAUUUCAUAUUGCGCAUCAAGGUGACGCUGGUCAACGACGAGGUGCCAGUUUUAGUGGCAGGACUGAAACCCAUGUUGUGGUGUGCAGAGGGUCAAGAAGUGUUUAUUACCAUCGAGUACAUCUGUGCCACAGAUCCAGACAGCGAUGAUCGAUCUCUCAUGUAUAUGAUCGCUCGACAGCCGUAUCAUGGAGUCGUUCAGAGAAACGGCAUCAUUGUAGACCGCUUCAUUCAAGCAGAUCUAAACGCUGGUUUCAUUUCAUACAGACACACAGGGCAAGAGAUUGGGCUUCGUCCACGUCAUGACGUCGUCACCUUUGUGAUCUCUGAUGGAGAAACGGAGCCAAUUUCUCCAUGCUGCAGUGAAAGAGACACAUUAUUCAACCCACAAAACUCUCUGCCUGUUUAUGACCUUAAUAUCACCGUCUAUCCUGUCAACAACCAGCCACCAUCGAUUGCUACAGGUGAGGUGUUUAUGGUGGAUGAGGGUGGAUCAGCCUCCAUCACUGUGACCCAUCUGACUGUUGUAGACCAGGACUCUGCGCCUGAGGAUCUCCAGCUCAUCCUGGUUUCUCCUCCACACUUUGGCUACAUUGAAAACAUCCUGCCCAGUCCAGGAUUUGAAAAGAGCAACGUGGGAAUCAGUAUUGCCUCGUUCACCUACAGGGAUGUGUUGGAUGGACACAUUAACUAUGUCCAGUCCAGACACCAGAGGAUGGAGCCCACCACUGACCAGCUCAUGCUGCAGGUGUCUGAUGGGAAACAGCAGUCAUCUCCAGUCCCGCUUUACAUCAUCAUCAGUCCAACUAAUGACGAGAUUCCAGACUUCCAGACUCAAAACAUCACGGUUUUUGAAGGAGACAGGACAGAGUUAAACUCGUCUGUAAUCAGUGCGGUGGAUUUGGAUGUUCCCCAAGAGCGUCUGAUGUUCAGCAUCGUCCAGAAUCCUCAGCACGGCUCUAUCAUCAGUCUGCCACACAGAAAUCAAGUCUCACAUUACAAGCGUGGAGCUGAGGAGCCUGUCCAGCAUUUUUGCAUGGAUGACCUCAAGAGCGGCAUGACUCUGAUGUAUGUACACGAUGACUCUGAGAGUGAGCAGGAUGAAUUCAUCCUUCAGCUCUCUGAUGGAAAACACAAGCUCCAGAAACACGUGCAGGUGAAAAUACUGCCUGUCAACGACGAGGAGCCGCAAAUCAUCCGGAACACUGGGAUUGAGAUGGAGGCUGGAGAGUCCAGGCUGAUCUCCAGUGCUGUUCUCAGCGCUCAUGAUGAAGAUACUCCUCCUGACCACAUCCUCUAUGUGUUCGAGAGCUUACCGACUCAUGGCGCCAUUCAGAUGAAGGUGGGCUCAGACUGGCUGUCUGUGUCUGCAGGAGUGAACUGCUCUCAGAAGGUGCUGGAUAUGAAUCUGUUGCGUUACCUUCACACCGCUCAUCCCGGAGAACCCACUGCCGAUUUCUUUGUCUUCCACCUGUUUGAUGGGAAGAACCGCUCUCCUCCUCAGCACUUCCACAUUACAGUCAAACAGCUAGAAAAAGGAGAUAUAGCGCUGUUCCUGAAGCCUGUGCGGGUCAGUCGUGGAGAUCGUGUGGUUUUUACUACAGACGUCCUGCUGUCUGUGGAUGGUGCUGACCAGCCGGAGGAGCUGCUAUAUGUGAUCACUGCACCUCCAGCUCAUGGACACGUGGAGCUUAUCAAACACAGCGGAGUGCAGAUUCAGUCCUUCAGUCAGCUGGACAUCGCAGCAAACCUGGUGUGUUACGUCCAUGAUAACAGAGCCACGGCACCCAGAGAGAGCCUGCAGUUCAUGGUCAGCAAUGGGAUAUCAACUCGCAACGGGACCCUGGAGAUCUUAGUGGACCUGACGGAUAAAGUUCUCCCCACACUAGUGCACAACAGCGGCCUGCGGGUUCCUCAGGGCUCCACGGUUGUUUUAUCCACUGCUGUUUUAUCCCUGUCUGACCCCGACAGUCCAGCGUCCACCCUGAGCUACAGGCUGAUUCAGACCCCUCAGUACGGACAGUUGCUCCUGAAGGGGCAGGCGCUGGUUGCUGGAGCUCAUUUCACCCAGCAGGACCUGCAGGAUCUGGACGUCACCUACAAACACUCUGGAGGAGCUUCUCAGAUAGACCGCUUCACUUUCACAGCCUCAGACAGCACAGAUAGAGGAUUCCUGCUGGACGGGAGAGUGCAGACAGAGCCCGUCUUCUUCACACUGCAGAUUGAAGCUCUGGACAGCUCCGCUCCACAGGUGGCAGUGCUGGAAACCCUGUGGAAAGUGGAGCUCCUGAAAGAUGGCCGCUACGGGAUCUUCAUUUCCUCCAGGGAGCUGAAGGCUGAAGAUACAAACACUGCAGAUGCAGAUCUGACCUUUCACAUCCUCAGAGCUCCAUACAUCGGCUAUCUGGAGAACCACACCAGCGGUGAGUUUGUGAGGCAGCGUUUCUCUCAGAUGGAUCUGAACAGAAGGAAUAUUCUCUACGUCAUAAACUCCGCUCUGGACGCUUUAUCUGACAGUCUAGAGUUUGCCGUGUCUGACGCACUGGGCAACACCGGACUCUCUCACAAAUUGAACUUCAGCUGGGCCGGUGUUGAGCUGACCAGGACUCAGUAUACAGUAUGUGAAAGUCAAGGCUCAGUUUCACUAACCAUCCAGAGGAAAGGAAACAUGCAGGACUCCUCUUAUGUGACCGUACAGGUGAAAGAGCUCACCGCAUCUGCUGGGAAAGACUUUAUACCAGCUUCAUCUCUGAUUCAGUUUGACCCAGGGGUGGCCAGUCGAGUUUGGAAAGUGGAGAUUGUUCAGGACUCAUUGGAGGAAGCGGAUGAGAAAUUUGAGGUUAGCUUGGCGUCUCCUGUAGCUGCGGUGCUGAAGGACAAUUCAAGAGCCACAAUCUCCAUUAAAGACUCAAAUGGGCAGUGUGUGGAGCGGCAGAUCACAGCGGGCAGCAGUCUUCAGGGUCGUGAGGUUCGUCCAGGACCGUAUCCUCAACACGGCUCCAUCCAGCUGGAGACUUUACCGCUCUCUCCUGAGGGAGUCAUCAGAGGUGAUGGAGAUACAACAGAUCAAGCUCCUGCUGCUCCCAAGAAAAGACUCCGAGUCACUGGGAAUGGGAAAGUAGUUCAGCCUUCUGAAACCAUCCGUCGUGGAUCUGAGCUCAUUUAUAAAUAUCAUGGUUUGGUGUCGAUGGCGGUGGAGGAGGAUGAAUCGGCCUCCAGGACUGACAGACAGGCAGAGGUUCAGGUCAACAGCAGGGGGCAGCAGCAGCGUCUUCUUACUGUCCAGACUAAACCACAGCAAACCUCCAGGCACACCAGCAGCAGACUCCUGCAGCGCACACACACUCAGACGUCCUCCAAGCGCUGUUCUCCAGAUCUCUCAGGUCUCCUGCAUUAUAACCAGAGCUCUGGUCGGCUGUUUCGCUGUAAUGGAGACUCAUGGAGGCCCUGGACCCCCACUAAUGAGACUGUGAAAGCGCAGAGAUGUCCUCAGGGAUGGACGUACCACAGUAAUAACUGUUAUUUACUGAGCUCAGAGCGUAAAGCCUCAUGGAGUACUGCAGCGCGGGCCUGCAGAGAGAGGUUCAGUGGUCAUCUGGUCAGUGUUCAGUCUAAAGCACACAUGGCCUGGCUGUGGGACUUCAGUCAGAGGAAACCCUUUUGGAUCGGUCUGCAUGAUGGAGAAAGCAGAGGCCGAUGGGAGUGGAUGGACGGACAAUCGGUCACGUACACCAACUGGAGACGAAACCCGCCAAAAAACCAGAAGAAGAAGGAGACGAGGAGGUGCGUCCUGGUGUGGAAGAAGAGUCGAUGGCAGAUCCGAGACUGUCAGAGAGGAAAAGGACACCGCUAUGUGUGUUACACUCAACUCCACUGACCACAACAACACUGGGAUGCCUACUACUUAGUGUGCGUCUGUUAGUCAUCAAGUGACAAUGCUGCAGCUGCUUUAAAACACUGCUUCCAAAACUUUACCAAUCGUUUGUUUCAGGUCAGUGGUUCAGACUUGAAGUGUGUAUCAAAUAAAGUCAUGUGAUUUAAGCAAUGGAGGCUUCAUUACGCCAGUGUUUCCCAACCCUGUUCCUGGAGGCACACCAACAGUACAUGUUUUGGAUGUCUCCUUUUUCUGACCCAUUCACUUCAGGUUUUGGAGUCUGUUCUGAUGAGUUGAUUCAGGUGUGUUUAAUUAGGGAGAGUUUUCAAACGUGUACUGUUGCUGUGCCUUCGGGAACAAUGCUGGGAAACACUUCAUUACGUCAUUAAUGCUUCAAAACAUUUCAAAAAU